GUGUAUGACAGUGGAUGUGCCUCUUCGCGUCGCAUAGGACGAAUAAAGUCAAAAAGAAACAUUUUCCCACGCUGAUGAUGCUUUCAACUUUAACCGCACACGCGCUACUGCAUGCCGGUAGUGCGUUACCCUGGCCGGGAGAGGUUGCACCGAAUGGGUCAAACCAGAUCAGAAAGUUACACGAUGGUUAUCCCAUACAUCGGAAGAAGCUAACUGAUUGUCGGCCAAGUAUUGAAGCUUUUCUUCCGGGAAAAUCUUUGCACCAAUCAGCAGCAGUUGGCCACCGGGAACUGGGCCGUGAGCGACUGGAUACUGGAUCUGGGUCCCACACCAGUUCAUCGUUUUCACCAAACUACCAACAUAAUGGUGGUGUAUCCAGGAAUCAGGAUGCGCUCGAAAAGUGCAGUCUUGUUUUGACGGCUUUUGUGUGUUGGCUGGAUGCAAAAAUGCGCUCACCGGAGAAUUUCCGCCGCUGCGGAUUGUUUUUUGAGAGUGUGAGUAGGUGCCAAAUGAGCAAGAGCUGGCGCUCCUUGUGGGGACGUUGA